UCCCGCUUCCUGCACCGGACCGUCCCGGCCGCGCCUCCUCCUUCGCACGCGGUGUCCCCGCAGCCGCCGCGCUCUCCCGGACUAGGCGCUGCAGCCAUGGCUCCUGGCCACCUCGCCUUGUUCAGUGUCUCUGACAAAACUGGCCUUGUGGAAUUUGCCAGAAAUCUAACGUCUCUUGGUUUGAAUCUGGUCGCUUCCGGAGGAACUGCAAAAGCUCUCAGAGAUGCUGGCCUGGCAGUCAGAGAUGUCUCUGAGAUAACUGGAUUUCCUGAAAUGUUAGGGGGGCGCGUGAAAACCUUGCAUCCUGCAGUCCAUGCGGGAAUCCUGGCUCGUAAUAUCCCAGAAGAUAAUGCUGACAUGGCCAGACUUGAUUUUAAUCUUAUAAGAGUUGUCGCCUGUAAUCUGUAUCCCUUUGUGAAGACAGUGGCUUCUCCAGAUGUAACUGUUGAGGAGGCUGUUGAGCAAAUUGAUAUUGGUGGAGUGACCUUACUGAGGGCCGCAGCCAAAAAUCAUGCCCGAGUGACAGUUGUGUGUGAACCAGAGGACUAUGUGGCAGUGUCCACAGAGAUGCAGAGCUCUGAUAGUAAGGACACCUCCUUGGAGACGAGACGCCAGUUGGCCUUGAAGGCAUUUACUCACACAGCACAAUACGAUGAAGCAAUUUCAGAUUACUUCAGGAAGCAGUACAGUAAAGGAGUGUCUCAGAUGCCCUUGAGGUAUGGAAUGAACCCUCAUCAGACUCCUGCCCAGCUCUACACACUGAAGCCCCGGCUUCCCAUCACAGUUCUCAACGGAGCGCCUGGAUUCAUAAACCUGUGUGAUGCUUUGAAUGCAUGGCAGCUGGUGAAGGAACUCAGAGAAGCUUUAGACAUUCCAGCCGCGGCCUCUUUCAAACACGUUAGCCCAGCAGGAGCUGCAGUUGGAAUUCCACUCAGUGAAGAUGAGGCCAAAGUCUGCAUGGUCUAUGACAUGUAUAAAACCCUUACACCCAUAUCAACUGCAUAUGCAAGAGCAAGAGGGGCUGAUAGGAUGUCUUCUUUUGGUGAUUUUGUUGCAUUAUCUGAUGUUUGUGAUGUCCCAACUGCGAAAAUUAUCUCCAGAGAAGUGUCUGAUGGUAUUGUUGCCCCAGGAUACGAAGAAGAAGCCUUGAAAAUACUUUGUAAAAAGAAAAAUGGAAACUACUGUGUUCUCCAGAUGGACCAGUCUUACAAACCAGAUGAGAAUGAAGUUCGAACUCUCUUUGGUCUUCGUUUAAGCCAGAAGAGAAAUAAUGGUGUCAUCGACAAAUCAUUAUUUAGCAAUGUUGUUACCAAGAAUAAAGAGGUGCCGGAGUCUGCCCUCAGAGACCUCAUCGUGGCCACCGUUGCUGUCAAGUACACUCAGUCUAACUCCGUGUGCUAUGCCAAGAACGGGCAGGUUGUCGGCAUUGGAGCAGGACAGCAGUCUCGGAUACACUGUACACGCCUGGCAGGGGAUAAAGCGAACUAUUGGUGGCUUAGACACCAUCCACAAGUGCUCUCAAUGAAAUUUAAAACAGGCGUGAAGAGAGCAGAAAUCUCCAAUGCCAUAGAUCAGUAUGUGACUGGCACUAUUGGCGAGGGUGAAGAUUUGCUGAAGUGGCAGGCGCUGUUCGAGGAAGUCCCUGAGUUACUAACCGAGGCAGAGAAGAAGGAGUGGGUGGACAAACUAAGUGAGGUUUCGCUCAGCUCCGAUGCCUUUUUCCCUUUCAGGGAUAAUGUUGACAGAGCUAAAAGGAGUGGUGUGGCGUACAUUGCAGCCCCUUCUGGUUCUGCUGCUGACAAGGUUGUGAUUGAGGCUUGCGAUGAACUGGGAAUCCUCUUGGCUCAUACGGAUCUUCGACUCUUCCAUCACUGAUUGUGUCACACCUCAGUGGUGUGCUCGUGCGUAAGGGAAUAAUUGUGUGAAACUUUGAAAAUACCUUUUUAGAAAAUAAAACAUUUUAAUGAUUAGA